CAACCAGGUCAUCAUGCAUCAUUUAAGCUAGGAUUUGGUCAUAGAGUUUUCCCAGUGACCUUAGUGACAUCCUUCAAGCUAGCUGGCGGGCUAUUAAAUGCUGAUCGCUUAAGGGUGUACGGAGAAUAUGCCGUAGAUUUACGACAUGAAUACACAUUUGGUUGAAUAUUCGUCUAGUGAUGAAGAGGAGAAUAAGAAACUGGAACUUCCCUCGGCAUUACAAGUCUUGGAUUCCGAUCGUUUGCGUUUUCCUGUUUAUGAAGAUGAUCCUGCAAAACACAAUUUUCGUACGAGAUCAUUUCCUCAUGAGACUGGUAAUUGGGCUACCUCUAUAUAUAUAGCGUGUCCUCAUUUAAUUUCUAGGCUGCUUAAGGCUAUUGACAAUCCUAUAAUGCAGUCGGAUCUCGUUAUAGAUAAUUUCCACUUUAUGGACUCCCUUCACUUGAGUUUAUCAAAAACAUGGCCCAUUUAUUUCCAUUGGAUCGAGAAUCUUAUUUGUAAUCUUCGCUCUUCUGUAAGCACUUUCGAGAAAUUUCACAUUACUUUUGAUGAUGUAAACAUAUUGGUAAAUGAGGAAAAAACAAGAUCUUUUGUUACUUUAUUAGCUUCUGCAGAAUCUCACGUAGCGUUAAUCCCUUUACUUAAUUCUAUAGACUCAUGCGUCACAGCAUUUAGAGGUCCAGAAUAUUAUAAGGACCCGAAGUUCCAUAUAAGUUUCUUGUGGUGUAUUGGGAAUGUUCGGGAAAAGUAUUCUGAAGAUGUCUUAGAAAAUUUUCUAGUAAGUGGAACACCUUGUAAUUCCCCUUCUCCAUAGACAAAUUUGAAGAAAGUAAUAUUCACUGAGAGCAAACAAAUGUAUCAUGAAGUAACGGAUAUAGUGUGCAAAAGUGGAAACAAAUAUUUCAGUAUAAAUUUGUUGUAACAAUUAUUUAGCAGCAGGAUUUUUCUUUUUGUGUUAUUUCCGGGUUGAUAAACUGAUCAGAUAUGUAUAUAUUUAAUAUAAAAAAUCUUUUCUUUUAUCAUUUUAAACGUCUUGGUGAUACAGUGACCUAAGAUAGAGUAGCGCUAUGAGAAACAAUUGUAGUUUUAUUAAAUGUUUUUACCUAAUAACUUCAAUGACUCCAUUUGAAAAAUGCACUGAAUUUAUACGUUGUUUUUGAGUAAGGUAGGCAAAUCUAAAUCAUAUUUAUCUUCUAAGGAGAGAUUUAGCAUACCUAUUGUUGUGAACUAAUUGAACGAAACAACUUGUUUCUUACAGCUAUGGUAGAUUUCAAGUGUUUUUACCGUCCCGGUGAAAGACAUCACCGAACUAUAGAAAAAUUUAACCAUUAUCGGCGCAUGAAACUUUUUGCAGUUGUUAAUUCCUACCU